AUGGCUGCAGAAACUCCUUCUGACAUCGACCUUGGCAGGAGAAGUCUGAAAAAGCCUUGCUCGUUCACCAUCGAGAACAUCCUGUCCAGCUCAGCGGAGAGGAGGCCGCAGGUGCUCCUGCCGUUCUGUUUCCGAGGGCUCUUGGACUGUGAACCCCGAGGGCUCUGCCCGCUGGGGACCCUGGCCGCUGGCUGUCUGCAGGAAGAAGAGGAAGGCGAAGAGGCCGAGAUGGACUUUGGGCAGUGCGGCUGUUGUUGCUGUUCUCACGGCGGUGCUCACACCUGGCAGGAGGCUUCAAACUGGCUGGACACGAGAUUCUCCUGGCCCAUGAGGUUGUUCCAUCCCGUCGGCAGGCCGUGCAAGAACACCCGGGGGAACCCAAGCGAGCUACAGACGUUCCACCAGAUCCAGCGGCGGACUCGGCGCCACCGUACCAUCUUUACUGAGGACCAGUUGCAAGCCCUGGAGGCCCUCUUCCGUCAGAACCAGUAUCCAGAUGUCAUCACUAGAGAACACCUGGCCAACCGUAUCCACUUGAAGGAAGAAAGAGUCGAGGUUUGGUUUAAAAAUCGCCGAGCCAAGUGGCGGCAUCAGAAAAGAGCGUCGGCAUCAGCGCUCCUUCUCCAAGGAUCCAAGAAGCCUUCUGAAGGAAACUGCUAAAACUGAGCAGCUGUCCGGCUGCCCCAGCAUUGAUUUCAGCCUUUUAACAGUAGGACAGUUUCAGAAAAAGGAGGUCACAGACAGAAAGUAGAAGAUAAUGACUGUUGUUCUUAAGUUACACAUGAGACAUGGAAGAAGACACUACAUUACUUCUCUGAGUUCACCCCCUUGCCAGAAAAAUAAAUGAACUAUAAGUCAG